AUGGAAGCCAUCAACCAUAUCACGCGCGUCCAGGAUUACGCCAAGAAUCUGGCGUCCAUCCGGGUCGGAACGAUCCGUCAUCCCGGAGAGUUCUUUGACUAUCAGCGUGUGAGCAGGCCGAUGGACAUGCAGGAGUACAUGAAGCGCGCGAGCUACAACAUCCGCUACUUUUCAGCCAACUACGCGAUCGUGAUCUGCCUCCUCGGUGUCUACUCAUUAUUGACCAACAUGCUCCUCCUCUUCGCUAUGGGCUUUAUGAUUGGCGGCUUCCUCGCUAUCGGACGCUUUGUGCAUGAGCCCAUAGAAUUCGCAGGCAAGGUCAUCACCCCUCAGAAUCUCUACAUCGGCCUCUUCGUUAUCGGUCUACCGCUUCUCUGGUGGGCUGCACCACUAUCGACCUUCUUCUGGCUCGUCGGAUCUUCGGGGUGUAUUGUUGGUGCGCACGCCGGACUCCUGGAGCCCGGCGUCGAGUCCGAGUACGAAGGUCUUGAGACCGUCUAG